AUGGGUUUCGCUUCCAAACUCGCCGCCAGUCAACCGCCAGCGGGCGCGCAGCCUGCUGCCCAAGGCGCAUACUCGGGGGCUCCUCCAGCUGGAUACACGGGCGGUCCUCCUCCAGCAGCACAAGGCGGAUCUCAAUAUCCCGGACAGCAACAGCAGCAGCAGCAGACACAGUACCAGGCAUAUCGCCCGUCUCAGCCACAGGCAUCCUCCACCCAGCCAGCCGGCCCGCCUCCGUAUUCGUAUCAUCCUACGUCAUCCCCGCAACCGCCCUAUCCCGCCUACAGCAGCAACCCAACGCCAGCCUCAUACUCUGCCUCGGCGAGUCCACACCCCCCGCAGCAACAACAACAGCAACAACAGUAUCCUGCUGCUCAAGGAUAUAGCCAGCAACAGCCAUACACUCAAUACGGCCACCAACAGCAGGCCUACUCGCGACCGCCCGUCGCCCCGCCGCAGUAUGGUGGUGGUGCCCCGCAGCCAUACCAGCAGCAGCAGUCCUAUGGCCAGCCCCCCCAGUCUCUAGGCCAGCAGCCGCCCUAUGCACCAAGCUAUCCUAACCCCGGCGCUUCCGGCUACGGCGCGUACGCUCCCCAGGGAGGACCUCCUCAUCCUCCAGGAAACUAUGCGCCACCACCUGGGCCACCCCCCAGCAGCGCGCCUCCUUAUGGCGGGGGCUAUGGGGUGGCUCCCCCGGGCGGUCCUCCCGCCGGCGCCGGUCGUCGUGCGACACCUCAAGAACUCUCGGCAUACAGACAGCUCCUAAUCGCAACGAUCCAGGAGAACCAACUCCAACGCUUCUACCCCCAGGACAGGCUGGAGGCAGUUGUGCGCAAUCUCGAAACCGCCCCUGACAAAAUCCAGCAGCUGUGCAAGGAAUGGAACGUCCCGCAAGAGGUGGCUAUCGAUGUCAUCAAACUGUCUCUAUACGACACCGUCAUCUACGUAGACGACAGCGGCUCCAUCCAAUUCGAAGAAGACGGCACUCGCCUGGUCCAACUGAAACAGAUCCUCAGCCUCAUCGCCACGGCAGCCGCGAAAUUCGACUCGGACGGCGUGGCCAUUCGGUUUAUGAACUCGGACGAACGCAGCGAUAGCAUCCGCAGCAAGGAAGAAGCCGAAGCCCUCGUGUCGCGUGUCCGCUUCUCUGGCCUCACCCCCAUGGGCACCAGCCUGAAAAACAAGGUCUUGGACCCGAUGAUUCUGGGACAGGCGCGAAGCGGGCGACUCGAUAAGCCGGCCCUGGUCAUCACAAUCACCGAUGGCCAGCCGGCUGGCGAGCCGCACAAUGCCGUUGUCGAUGCCAUCCGCUCGACGGUCGAUGAACUGCAACGUAGAGGCUAUGGGCAGGGCGCUGUGGCUUUCCAGUUUGCGCAGGUCGGGACAGACUUGCAUGCCCGCAAUUUCUUGUCGAAGAUGGAUGAGGAUCCUUCUAUUGGGAAUCUGAUUGAUUGUACUUCGAGCUUCGAAGUUGAGCAAGACGAGAUGUCGCGCGCCAACCCACCUAUUUAUCUUACACGCGAGCUUUGGGUCGCCAAGGUAAUGCUCGGCGGCAUUGAUUCAUCCUACGAUACCAAAGACGAAAAAUCCAGCGGCAGUGCAAGACCUCCCCCACCUCCACCUGCAAGCGGCGGCCAAUACGGCGGCUACAACCAGGCGCCCCCAUACGGUCAAGGCCAGGGCGGCUACGGACAGGCUCCCCCGCAACAAGGUGGUGGUUAUGGCGGCGCACAACCGCAGGGAUACGGCCAACCGCCCGCGGGGUACGGUCAACAGCAACAAUCUCAGCCGGGAUAUGGUCAGCAGGCUCCGCAGUAUGGAGGAUAUGGCCAGCAGGCUCCUCCAUACCCGCCGCAGCAGGGAUACGGCCAGGCUCCCCCGCCUCCACGUCGGUAUUAG